CCGCCCAUGCCGCUCGGAGCAGGCGUCCAAAGAUGGCGGCGGCGGCGCGGAGAGGGGGGUGGCGGUGCUGAAACGGCCGAGCUCGGCCUCCCCCCGCGCUCGCCGAGGAGCCGCCGCGGCACCGGGGAUGGCGCAGGUUGAAAGAAGAAAGGGAGACCUGCUUGUCCAGUGAAGAUGCAGUCUUAGUCUUCAGCUAUUUAAGCUGAAUGCAUUGUGAUUUCCAAUAAUUGAGACAGUGAUUCUGAAAGCUGUCUACAUUAAUGAAAAGAACAAUGUAGUCAGCUUAACUGAAUCAUCAGUGUUGCGUAUUGAAUAGAACAUGAUAAACCAAUCUUGAUGGACUUACGCAUGUUAGGAAUAUAGAUACAAACAUUUAUUAAAGCAUUGUUUAUUUUAAAACAGUAGUUCUAAAAAUGGAGAAAUAUGAAAAUGUACCACCCCUCCCUAAAGAACCUGCGAGAGAAAUGGAUGUGGAGAAUCAUGCUUGUCCCCCACCUCUGCCGCCUAACGAACAGCCUCCACCACCUCCCCUGCAAACGUCCAGUGACGCAGAGGUAAUGGACGUUGGCUCUGGUGGUGAUGGACAGUCAGAUACCCCUGCUGGGGACACGCACAGUAUCUGCAGAACACAGCUGCUCACAAAGGGAUCUGCCUGCUACAAAAGUCGUCUUAUAGUAGACCCUAACAAUAGUGACCAAAGCCCAAGAACUGCUCGUCACGCACCAUCAGUUCGAAAGUUCACCCCAGAUCUUAAGUUACUUAAAGAUGUAAAGAUUAGUGUUAGCUUUACAGAAAGCUGCAAAAGCAAAGAUAGGAAAGUUCUGUACACUGGAGUUGAGCAGGAUUAUAAGGCAGAUACAGAUUUUGGUGUUAAUAAUGUCAAUGGGGAUUUGCAUGUUUGUCCUUUUGGUGGUAGUAAUGGAAAAGCUGUAGGAGUAGGAGGUGAAAAUGAUGACAAGAAGGAUGAUGAAAAUGAUAUCGAUCAGGAAAAGAGAGUGGAAUAUGCAGUUCUGGAUGAGCUAGAAGAUUUUACUGACAAUUUGAUGGAAAUAGAUGAAGAAGGAGGAGGGUUCACAUCUAAAGCAAUUGUUCAAAGAGAUAAAGUGGAUGAAGAAACCUUGAAUUACUCAUAUGAGGAUGACUUUGAUAAUGAUGUGGAUGCUCUGCUGGAAGAGGGUCUUCGAGCCCCCAAAACAAGGAGGCUAGAAAAUGAGAAAUAUGGUGGUGAAAGCGAUCACCAGUCUGAUGGAGAAACAAGUGUGCAGCCAAUGAUGACCAAAAUUAAAACUGUUCUUAAAAGUCGUGGCCGCCCUCCUACAGAACCUUUGCCAGAUGGAUGGAUCAUGACAUUCCAUAACUCGGGCAUUCCUGUAUAUCUGCACAGAGAAUCUAGAGUUGUUACCUGGUCUAGACCUUAUUUCUUGGGAACAGGAAGCAUAAGGAAACAUGAUCCUCCCCUUAGUAGCAUUCCCUGCUUGCAUUACAAAAAAAUGAAGGAAAAUGAGGAAAGGGAACAAAAUAACGACAUAACCCCAAACGGAGAAGUAUCCCCUGUAAAGCAUCUAGAUAAAUCUUCAGAACCAGACUGCCAAGCAGAAGAACCAGAUUCUACUGCUGCUGAUUCUGGGCCUUUAGAUGAGAAAGACCCCCCAGGGGGGGAUGCAGCACAAGGAGCCUUAGGACAAGUUAAGGCCAAAGUUGAAGUAUGUAAAGAUGAAUCUGUAGAUCUGGAAGAUUUUAGAUGCUAUCUUGAAAAGUGUUUUGACUUUGAACAAGUUACGGUAAAAAAAUUCAGAACCUGGGCGGAGAGACGGCAAUUCAAUCGUGAAAUGAAGCGGAAGCAGGCAGAAUCUGAGCGGCCUAUUCUGCCUGCCAACCAGAAACUCAUUACCUUGUCUGUGCAAGAUGCACCUACAAAGAAAGAAUUUGUCAUUAAUCCCAAUGGGAAAUCCGAAGUUUGCAUACUACAUGAAUAUAUGCAACGAGUGCUAAAGGUUCGCCCUGUUUACAAUUUCUUUGAAUGUGAGAACCCAAGUGAACCUUUUGGAGCCUCAGUGAUUAUUGAUGGAGUAACUUAUGGGGCAGGAACUGCCAGCAGCAAAAAACUUGCCAAGAAUAAAGCUGCUCGAGCUACACUGGAAAUCCUUAUUCCUGACUUUGUUAAACAGACCUCUGAGGAGAAGCCCAAAGACAGUGAAGAACUCGAGUAUUUUAACCAUAUCAGUAUUGAGGACUCACGGGUAUAUGAACUCACCAGUAAAGCUGGACUCCUGUCUCCAUAUCAGAUUCUCCAUGAGUGCCUUAAAAGAAACCAUGGAAUGGGUGAUACAUCCAUAAAGUUUGAAGUGAUUCCUGGUAAAAAUCAGAAGAGCGAGUAUGUCAUGACUUGUGGCAAGCACACGGUGCGAGGCUGGUGCAAAAAUAAAAGAGUGGGAAAACAACUAGCUUCUCAGAAAAUCCUACAGCUACUGCAUCCACAUGUGAAAAAUUGGGGCUCUCUUUUGCGUAUGUAUGGGAGAGAGAGUAGCAAGAUGGUGAAACAGGAAACCUCUGAUAAAAGUGUGAUAGAACUUCAGCAGUAUGCCAAAAAGAACAAGCCAAAUCUGCACAUCCUGAACAAGUUACAGGAAGAAAUGAAGAAACUGGCACAAGAAAGAGAGGAAACGCGGAAGAAGCCCAAGAUGACGAUAGUGGAAUCAGCUCAGCCUGGCAGUGAGCCACUGUGUACCGUUGAUGUGUAAUGAGCAAAUUUACAAGUGGGGAGCAAUAACACAAAUAGAGGAACUAGAUCUUCAACAAUUAUUUAAGAAUUGUUUGCCGCAGAAUGCUAGAUAACUUUUUAAAAUCCAAGCUGCUUCAGUUAUAUAUUGUUCUUUUUGCAUCAUCAGGGCAAUAUUACUUUUUUCUUUUUCUUUUCUUUUUUUUUUUUUAAUACCUCUGAAUGAACGUACUUUUAAAGGGUUGAUCAUAAAGAUCUCUACUUGGAAAAAUGUACAGGUGCAAGGCAUGUUCACACAGGAUAAAGCCCAUCAAGCACUUUUUCCUGGAAAGCCAUCCAUGUUGUUUGAAGUGGAUGUGUUUCAAGGAUGGAAUUCCAAAUAUCUAUGUGUACAGGUUGAAGCUAAUGUUAUAUAUAAAUAUAUAUAUACACACACAUUCAUAUAUAUGUCUGUAUAAAAGAAAUAUAUGUACAUCAUCUUGUAUGAACAUGCCUAAAACUAUUUUUGUGAAAAGCUUUGUUGCAUUUCAGCACAUAAUAAUAUGCACUGAGAAGACACUUUGGUGGCAAACAGAUGCAAGUGAUGAGCAAUGUUCCUAAUGCCAUAGGAUUAGGCCAGUAAUGCUGUUUCUUUUGUUUUGUUUGGGUUUUUUUUUCUCCUGCCAAGCUUAAGUUAUUCAAGAUCACAGUAUGCCGAUUUCUUUAUUACUUGAAAAGAACAAGUGUACCUGGUAGUGUUAAGAACAACAGGCUGGAUAUCCAAAGUUAUUUGGUUUAUUUUGAUUGAAAAGAGCCGAUGUUCAUUUACAGAUCAGUUGAAAGGAGAAAAUGUGGUCCUGUUUAUUUGAUUAAAAUAAUAACUGUAAUUUGAAAGGCUGCUUUCAAAGCUUGGAGCUGAAGUGCAGCCAGCGAUGGUUGACAGUCUGAAAUUAUUUUGCCAAUGAUGUCUUUAAAGACUUUCACUCCCUUCUCCCAGAGAUAAAACAAGUUCACCUUUGUUUGGAGUCGGAAUACAUCUGACUUGAUCAAUUAAGUCUUAAUUAAUUUUUACUGUAAAAGCAAAGAAUUUAAGGGAAAAAAACCCAUACAGCCCUAAGAAGUCUGAAAUAACUGCAGCAAUUUAGGUUUUUAAAGAAGUUUUUUGUUUUUCUUUUUUAAUUAUGUUUUUAGUUUUUAAAGAAGUGUAACUUCUGCAAUGGAAAUUAGAAUGUAGGUUUGGAAUAUGACAUAGAGUAAUGAGUAGAAUGAGACCAUAACAGGUUAUACUGGCAAUUAAGAGAAUCACAAAUAUGCAACUAUUCUAAAAUACCAUUUUGGAAAACGGGCAGGACUCUCUGUGUCGCCUGAGGCUUUAGUAAAGUAAGCACAAAAGAAAUUGGCUGUGGUGAAAGCACUGCUCUGUGGGUUCCGUUCUUCCCAUGGGGUUCUCUCCUGGGUGAUCGCAGUAAGGCUUCUCUUGGAACCAUUCCUGUGAGUUCUCUGUUUUGUAGUUAAAGAGAGUGAAACCCAUGCUGAUGGGAGGGCUUUGAGGGUUAUCCAAGAGUUGUGCAGCUGUAUUUCACACUCCUCCAUAGCAGCAAGAGUUUGGUUAUUUGCAAGCGCGGCAGCUCCUGGUGCUUCCCUGGACAGUGGGAUUGGGUUUGGGUUGGUUUUUUGGAUGUUGUGCUUGUGGUUUUUUGUGCUGCAGUAUAAUUAAUUUACUGCCUACUGGAUUUUAACAAUAUUGAUGUCAGUAUUUUAAGACCUCCUUUUAAUAUCACUCAUGAUUUUGGAAGUAGGUGAAUUUAUAUCUCAAACUAAUAUUCUCUAAUAUGUUGCAUAUAAUGUUUGAGGUUAAAGAGGAGUCUUGGAGUCUUACCUGUCUCUGUGUAUCAGUGAUAUGCUCAGAGCCUCUGCAAAUACGAA